UUUACUUAGUGAAAAAACAUUCCUUUUCCUGUUAGAUAACGUAUAAAUAUGAUUGUUUCCCUCUAAGAAUUAUCAUUUGUAAUUUAGCAAUUAAAUUAUCAACAUUCGAUUCUAUCAUCUCCCUAAGAAUAAACUUGGAAAAAUGAACAUCGCAAUCUACUGCAGCUUAGUGUGCGUGUUUUACCUCUGGACCAGUGCCGAAGGAGUGCCAUCCAACUGCAGAGCGGGAAGCGCCUGUAACGCUUGUCCCGAAGGUCAAUACUGGACCGUGAAUGUCAAUGACGCGCUUGGUCAGCAACGUGACCUGAAGGUGUGUUCACCUACAUGUAGCAAGUACUGCCGAGCCGGGAACCGGGCUAGCGACGGGAGGCCUUGGUGUCAAUGUUACGAUCCUGCUGACAUCAGGGGUGACUGCUGGAAGGGGGCUCAAUGUGACACAUGCCUGGCCGGGGCCAACGCUGCCUAUGGCGGAAACAUCAACAGUAUACCCGUGUGCUGUGCCAAUUGUGAGGCUUCAGGACUCAUGCUAGGAAGCAAUCUGUGUAACUGCCUUCACAACGGGCCUUAGAGAUCAGGAAAUCCAUCAAACUUUGAGAAUUAACUGGGAAGCCACCUUUUAGAUGAGUCCAUGAACGUUUUAUGUAUUUAGCUCUGUAAUUCAACAAAAUAAUACUAAUUAUAUAAAAAUGUGGUCAUUCAAUACGAAAUUUAUUCAUUUUCAAAGUAUUUUGUUUAAAAAUCGUGUAAUAAAAUCAGGAUUGAAUGAGCGCUCAUGUAAUAGUUAAAUGUUUUUAUGAAGCACACAUACAGCACCUUCGCGUUGCUUUUUAGAGAGUUACCAUCUUGUAAACAUCUGAAAUCCAGCAUCCUUAUUAUUCAGAACCAUCCACACUUUGACUUUAACAAACAUGAAACUUGUUUGCAAUAUAAUACACAAGUAUUGUAAGAAUACCGUUGGUUUUGGGUGACCCUUUAUUGAUACAAUUACCCAUUAUAUAGGUAUUUAGUGAUAAAAAUUGUAUAUGCAAUAACAUGUUGUUAAAUGUUCUAUUACUCGAUGUUCAAGCAUUGCUGUUUUGUUACCUUUGUAACAUUUUGUAGCAAUUCCGUGAUUAAACGAUUUGAUGCAAAAACUGUGUAUUUAUUCUUUUUUUCACCUCUAUCGCUAACAUGAUAUGAUCUGAAUAUUUAGCAUUUGCAUUAAAAGAUAUUUGAAACAG